AGGAAGUGUUAAUUCUACCAGAUAUUAAGACACAUGUUAUUGAUUGCCUUAUUUAUGUUCACGUAUGCUGCUUUGUGUAGCUAACGUUUUGCUCAUAAAAUACCUGUUAUUAACUUAGCCAACUAAUGCGUUAGCUUGCUUGCUAUCUUAAUUUACCAUCUGAACGGGAGAUGGAUUUACAUAUGUCAGAUCAAAUGAAAAACCUUGUUUGGCAACCCAUCAAGAAAUGUAUUUAACAAAGAAAUUGGUGCAGUUGGAAAUGUAUCUAUAUUUUACAUUAAUGGAGCAGUAGUUUGCUUGAUGUCAUUCGUAUAUAAUACUAGCUAGCUAUCCGCGGCUUGUCACCGGCGUUAAAUUGAUUGUCAGCGAAAGUUAGCUAGCUAAGUUCAUAUUGUAUAUAUAUUUUACAUUCAUCUAGCAGUUGUUUGCUUGGUGUCAUUCGUAUAUUAAUCCAUUGAUAUCUGAGUCGCUAUCGGCUUGUCACCGUCGAAAAUGGUUGUCAGCUAGCUAGCGAGCUAAGGAAGUUCAUGUCAGAGUUCAAUCUUUCAUCAUGAAUAGAGAGGCUCCGUGUUGUGGUAAAGCAUACGUUUGUCGCCUGUGCCAUGACGCUGAGGAGGACCAUCAAAUGGACCGCUUCCUGGUCAAAGAAGUGCAGUGCUCAGUCUGCACAACAGUACAACAGGCACAACAAACUUGCGUGGAGUGUAAUGUGACCUUUGGGGAAUAUUACUGUGACAUUUGUCACCUGUUUGAUAAAGACAAGAAGCAGUAUCACUGUCAGCCCUGUGGAAUUUGCAGGAUCGGACCAAGGGAGAAAUACUUCCACUGUGAGAAGUGCAAUCUCUGUUUAGCAGGAGAUCUAAGAGGAAAUCACAAGUGUGUUGAAAAUGUUUCAAGACAGAACUGCCCAGUGUGUAUGGAGGAUAUCCACACAUCCAGAAUAGGAGCCCAAAUUCUUCCAUGUGGCCAUCUUCUACACAAAACAUGCUUUGAUGACAUGGUCCAAACUGGUGCGUAUCGAUGCCCACUCUGUAUGCACUCUGCUUGGAAUAUGGAGCACAACUGGGAGCAGAUGGACAAGGAGAUCACUCAGUCACCCAUGCCCACUGAAUACCAGGAUGCCACUGUGAAGAUCAUAUGUAAUGACUGCCAAACCCAGUGUACGGUGCCUUUCCAUGUUCUGGGAAUGAAGUGCAGUGGCUGUGGGUCCUACAACACAGCCCAGAAUGGGGGACUGAUACGGCAGUCCCGGGAACCACAGCCCCAGGAGCCAGAGCAGCAGCCCCAGUCCCCAUUGCCAGAACCAUAGAAUAUGUAUAAUUUUAAUUACAUUGGGACUCCACCCCCUAGUUCUCUAUGCUCAUUACUUCCCCAGUCUACGCAGACUUAAUUACACUAUCCAGCUCUUUCUCAACAUUGCUCUGCCAAGAGUACAGGUAGUCGUGUCUGGGUUCCAGAACCUGGUGCCAGGACCUCAGGGCAAUAAACUUGGAUCCCUCUCCUAGUGUGUUGUACAGCAGUUUUGGGGUUGAAUUUCUGUUAUUACAUGGCUAUUGAUCCAUUUAUUUCUCAGAUAAAAGCCAGCAUAAGAUAAUUGUGAAUGAGGAAUUAAAUAUAGUCAGCCACACAAUUUAUUUCCCAUUUUGUCCCAAGUUGGAAUGGAUUCGUUUCUGUCAUUAAUGCUUUCACCAAAUUAUUUAGAUUUUUGUCAGGGUGAAGAAUGCUGUUAUGUGAGAAGUUUGUAAAGCACUGCAAUGUUUGACUGGCUUUGCGUUUCUAAAAACCUAUGUAAAUGCUUCAGACUGACAUUUUUACAAUGGUAAUGGAUUUCAAUGUCUGUUUGCAAAACUCAGGUAUUUGAAAUAGUUUAGAUACGGUUCAACAUCAAAUUGUGUUCAUUCUAUGUUUGAGUGUAAUUUUGAUUAGACGAGUGGAUUAUCAUGAGUAACACGUAUGUAAAUUAUUGAAUAAUUACUACAGUUAGACAAUGGCUGUUGGCAACUCUCACUCCAUGCUUAGCUCAUAUUGUCAGUAUUGUCACUCAAAUAUGAGAGAAAUAGAGUGAAAAUAUUGCAUCUGUAUUGCCUUUGGUGUCAUUCAUUGAUGCAGGUUUUGGGAUGGUGACAUUUACUGUAAAGACUAAUAAAUACCAUGAUUGUUCUGAAUAA